GUGGGUACAAGACUUAUGUUGAUAUAUUUGUGAAACUGAAUCUCAAUUCUUAUAGGUAUUUUGUGACAUUUUAUUAAGUAAAUUAAAGGGAAUUGUAUUGUUGAAAAUAAAUAAAAACAUUUUUCCAAUCAUGUAAAUAUAAAAUCAGUGAUAAAAAUGUUUAAGUUUCUGAAAAAUGAAAAUAAAAAAAAGAUUACUGAUGACAAUGAUCCAAACGACAAGACAUGUACAUUAGAAGAGGUGGAAAAUAUAUUUUGUGAUAGUGAACCAGAUUCUGAGUCGGUUAGCAGUCAAAUUAGGCUUCACAGAAACAUUAACGACAUUUUAAACGACCGAACAACUUUAUCUUUCUUCAUACAGUACCUUGAAACAAAAAGUUCUUUAUCAUUUGUAAAAUUCUGGUUGGAUUUGGAAGCCUUUAAGGCACUUCAAAAUGGACAUACACCACUGUUGCGACUUGAAUCUCGAAGCAGUAAUUAUAAUUCAAAAGCGGAAGUUAAACAUUUGUUGUCAAAUUCAAAUGAUGAUUGUUGCGAGAUUAAUCAUGACAUAGAAGAUUGUAUUUCAGUUUCAACAACAUCAUUCACUGAAAGCAAUAUCGAUGAAACUGAAGAGACUGCCACAAAUAUUUGUACUGAUGAAGUUGAUCAUUCGAAAGUUGUUUACAACGACGAUUUGGAACGAAUGACACAGUCGCUGACUGAUGAUGAGAAAUCAAAAAUUUGUGAGAAAAAUCGUAAAAAGGAGGAAGAAGUUGCUGGUGUUGGAGAUACAGAACUUAAUAAAAAGAAGAAACUUCAACCAUCAAUUCUUGAAGAUGCUCUAAGGAUUUAUCGAAAAUAUCUCGUAACUGAUUCUGUUUAUCAAGUUGAAUUGCCUGCGGAAUAUCUUUCAAAACUGUCAUUAGCUCUUUGUGAUUCGGAAGAAUCUGAAGACAAAGAUGAAGAAAAAAAUACUUUGUUGGAUGCUUUCGAAGAUGCACAAAAAUAUGUUGUUGAUAUGAUGGAAAAAGAUUUCUUAUCUGACUUUCUUGAAAGCUCAUUUUAUUCCAAGUACACUGUCGAUGUAUUAACAAGUGAGUCGUUAAGUCUUCGUGAAAUUCUCUACAGUGAAUCAGCUUUGUUCUUUUUCAUGGAAUUUCUAGAACAAGACAAAGAGAAUUGCAAACUUCCUUAUCUCGAAUUUUGGCUGUCAGCAACUAACUUUCAGAAGCAAAAGAAUCAACAUCAUGAACUUGACAUUCAACAAUUGAAAUCGGAUGCACUUGUGAUUUACGAAAAAUGGUUUUCACUUCAAGCAAAAACUCCUUUGAAUUUCUCAAAUGGAAUUCGAACAAAAGUCGAGGAAGGAAUUUGCACAAUCGACUCAUCAAUCACGCAAUGUUUUGAUCUUCCAAUAAAAAUUGUUGAAAUUUAUCUCGAUCGUUGUUGUUUCAAGAAAUUCGUGAAAUCUCAGCUAUUCUUCAAACAUCUUUCGGAAGUGAUCAAUAAGAUUGAUGGAAAUGCAGUUAAUAAGUCCAACAACGGGAUCAUUCGAAGGAAUUCUAGUUUAUCAUUAAACUUUCCAACCAAAAGUCGACACCGUCGAGUCAAUUCAGAUAUAGUGGAGAAAAAAACUAUUCCGAGAAGUAUUUCGACGCAAAAUACACUUUUAGCUGGAUUAGAUCACAAAAAGAAUAAAAACACGACUGAUUUGCAUAUUGACUCGAGACAAUUAGCUGAUCCUGAUCUUCUAUGGCGAAGAAAAAGUUCUGUUAAUGGACUUUUCUUCGGUCGUGUUGACGCUUUUGGAAGAUAUGAAAGAGAUUUCGAUUUGCCAUCAGGUUCCACUUCAAUCCCAUCAUCGAAAUCUUUAUUUCAUCUUCAAAGAUCAUCAAUCGAUGUUGAUGAUCCACAAACUUUACUCGAACUUGACAGUACACAAAAUCGCUUUAAAAAUGCUGUUAGAAAAUUUGUACAUUUGCCAGAAGAUUCUGUGCAACAAGAAAUCGCAUGGCAAGUUGCAGCAAUGAUUGUUAAGGACGUUACAAACAUCACAAUGCAUAAUAACAAGUCAUCAUAAUAUAACAUGAUGAUUUUUUUUGUACUAUCAUGAAUGUCAUCCAAUUGACAUUUCUCAACUCUUCUUUGUUGUUGUGUUUUAAUAUUAAAACCUUUAUUCGUAUUUAAUUAACACUUAAUGUAAUCUUCCUGAUAUAUUGAAGAGGGAUUUGUUGUUUUUUCCAUCAACCUCUUCAAAGUGUAAACUUUUUUACAUCAAUCUUUAAUUUAACGAAAUGAUCUUAACAAAUCUACUUCAGAUCUGCAGUAUUCUCUCAAAAGGAAAUGAAAACUUUUUGUUUUUAUCACAGAACGGUGCUUCAAUAAAAUGUAAAAUUAUGAUAGAAAAUUUCCUUCUCAUUGAUAUUUAAAACAAGAAAAUUUAUUGACAAAAAACAAUCUUUGUAAGUGUGGUUGUUAAUCUUAACACCAGAUGAAAUUAAAAAUAUCAAAAAUAAAAAGAAUAUAAUUUUAAUCUUCUCGCUUCUGUUUAUCUAUCGACAUCUUCUUGAUGACGUGCUCAGUAAUUUUCUUAAGUAACGUCUGCUCAUCAUACAAUCUUUGAUUUGUCGCAAAAAUUUUUGCUUCCUUUCUUGUCAACAAUGAUGAAGAUUUUGACAAUUUGUCGAUUUUCUUUUUCUUUUCCAUUUCUUUGAUCGCAUAAAUUUUCUUUGUUUCUUCAAUU